AUGAGUUCGCGUAAACAACGUUUCGACGCAGGUUCAUCUUCUUCGUCAGCACCUUCGACUGAAUCAACUAAACCACGUAAACGUCGUUUCGAUGAUAUAUCAGAAACAGAUUCUUUCAAUAAUAGUAGUAAGUCAAAGGGUUAUAAUAGUACUAGUAAACCCAAAGGUUAUAAUAAUAUGUCUCAAGCUAAUCCAACAAUUAAUAAAUUUACAAAUCAAAAUUAUUCUCAUCAAUAUUUUGAAUUAUUCAAAAAACGACGACAAUUACCUGUCUGGGAAUAUAAAGAAGCAUUUAUGGCAACACUUAACAAAAAACAAGUUACUAUAUUUGCCGGUGAAACUGGUUCUGGUAAAACAACACAAAUUCCUCAAUGGUGCGUUGAUUUUGCACUUGCUCUACCUGUCACAGGUGGACAAAAACGCCGUGGUGUUGCAUGUACACAACCAUAUCGUAUUGCUGCAAUGUCUGUUGCACAACGUGUUGCUAAUGAAAUGGAUGUUGCACUUGGACAAGAAGUUGGUUAUUCCAUUCGUUUUGAAGAUUGUUCAUCACAAAAAACACUUUUAAAAUAUAUGACUGAUGGCAUGUUAUUACGGGAAGCUAUGUCAGAUCCAUUACUCAAAUCUUAUUCAUGUGUAUUAUUGGAUGAAGCACAUGAGCGUACAUUAGCAACAGAUAUUUUAAUGGGUCUAUUAAAAGAAGUUGCUAAACAACGAUCAGAUUUAAAAAUAAUUGUUAUGUCUGCUACACUUGAUGCUGGUAAAUUUCAAGAUUAUUUUGACAAAGCACCAUUAUUAACUAUUCCUGGUCGAACAUUUCCGGUGGAAAUUUUCUAUACACCUGAACCCGAACGUGAUUAUUUGGAAGCAGCUAUUCGUACAACUGUUCAAAUUCAUAUAAAUGAAAAACAAGAAGGUGAUAUAUUACUUUUUCUUACUGGUCAAGAAGAAAUUGAAGAUGCAUGUAAACGACUUCAACGUGAAGUUGAAGGUUUAGGUCCUGAAGCCGGUGAAUUAAAAUGUAUUCCAUUAUAUCCAACAUUACCACCAAAUUUACAACGACGUAUAUAUGAUGCAGCACCACCAAAUAAACCAAAUGGUGCGAUUAGUCGUAAAGUUAUUGUUUCAACAAAUAUAGCUGAAACAUCAUUAACUAUUGAUGGUGUUGUAUUUGUUAUUGAUCCUGGAUUUUCAAAGCAAAAAGUUUAUAAUCCACGUAUACGUGUUGAAUCACUUCUUGUUACACCAAUAUCAAAAGCAAGUGCACAACAACGAGCUGGUCGUGUUGGACGUACUCGUCCUGGAAAAUGUUUCCGUUUAUAUACAGAAAAAGCAUAUAAAAGUGAAAUGCAUGAAAAUACAUAUCCAGAAAUUCUUCGAUUGAAUUGUGCUAGUGUUGUAUUACAAUUAAAAAAGUUAGGUAUUGAUGAUCUUGUUCAUUUUGAUUUCAUGGAUCAGCCAGCACCUGAAACAUUAAUGCGUGCAUUGGAAUUAUUAAAUUAUGUUGCUGCUAUUGAUGAUGAAGGAGAUUUAACUGAAUUAGGUUCAAUGAUGGCUGAAUUUCCGCUUGAUCCACAAUUAGCUAAAAUGGUUAUAGCCUCAUGUGAUUAUUCAUGUUCAAAUGAAAUUCUAUCUUUAACAGCCAUGCUUUCUGUUCCUCAAUGUUUUGUUCGUCCAGAUGGUGGACGUAAAAAAAAACAAGCUGAUGAAGCUAAAGCACGUUUUGCUCAUAUUGAUGGUGAUCAUUUAACAAUGUUAAAUGUUUAUCAUGCCUUUAAACAAAAUCAUGAAAACUAUCACUGGUGUUACAAAAAUUUUGUUAAUUAUCGUUCAUUAAAAUCAGCUGAUAAUGUUCGAACACAACUUGGACGUAUUAUGGAUCGAUUUAAUCUUAAACGUACAUCAACUGAAUUUACUUCACCAAAUUAUUAUAUCAAUAUUCGUAAAGCAUUAGUCAGUGGAUUCUUUAUGCAAGUUGCACAUUUAGAAAAAACUGGACAUUAUCUAACAAUAAAAGAUAAUCAAAUUGUUCAAUUACAUCCUUCAACUAUUCUUGAUCAUAAACCAGAAUGGGUUUUAUAUAAUGAAUUUGUUCUAACAACAAAAAAUUAUAUCAUUACUGUAACAGAUAUCAAACCUGAAUGGUUAUUAUCUAUUGCACCGCAAUAUUAUGAAUUAUCAUCAUUACCCAAUGGAGAAGCACGACGACAAUUACAACGUAUAUAUCAACGGAUGGAAAAUAGACGAAAUGUUAACCAAAUAUUACCUGAUUUCGAAGCAAGACGUGAAUUCACAUCUGUACAUCAGCAAACUGAAAACAAUCAAAAUGCUGAGCAAAGUUCAGCAACGAUACAUUCAGAAUCGAGUUGUAUAUUAUUAUAA